GCAUUAUCGUGUAUACACCGCACUCGUACCGUAUCGUCUCAUAUUGUGCUCGCCGUGUCCAAUAAAGCAUGCGUACGAAUCAUAACCACGUCGUUUGUUGCUGCGUCCGUUUUUUCCGUCCAGCAACGCGUGACCGCCUAGGACUUCAGAGACCUUUCAAGACUUCAGUACUUCAUCACCAUCACCAUGAAGUUUUCCGGAUCCGAACGAUACGUGAAGUGCGCGAAACUGAAGGCCUACCGUCACCGGCGCGCGUUAACGUUGAUCGGCAUGAUGACCGUGUUGGCGGUACUGUUACUGACGGCCAAGCGCGAGAACAGUAUCCGGUACACCGGCAGCGACAUGGAGCACGCGAGCUCGCGACGCGUUUGGGAAUACGUGUCGGACUUCUCCAACAUGGUGCACCUCAACCCGACCAUAAAAAAAUUCACAAUAACACACGAAUCGUCCAACGAUAAACAGUGGAAUUAUACGGUCGAGUAUGAAGAGCACUUAUCGCAGCUUCCGUUCGUGACCAACAAGAUUGUUGGCAAUUUCGUAGUGGAAGAAUCGCGAUCUCGUCGCACAAUCAAAUCGACCCACUGGACGUGUUUCUCUAGGAUUUAUUGUCUGAACACUAAAUCGGAAAUGCAAUUCCUAGAUCUAUCAAAGGGUUCCAGAGUGGUGGAGAUAAUCAAGUACGAGUGUCCAUGGUUGUUGACCAAAUUCUGCACGAACGAAGUCAUGUACCAAAGGAAAGAGAUAUUUGGUCGGCUCUGGACCGUGUUCGCGCAUACAAAACAUUAGUUAUAUUUUUCGAUGUUUUUAUUAUUAUCAACAGUACAGUUUAUAUUAUUUUUUAAA